AUGGAAACCAUUACUAUUCCAUCGCCCACAGCCUUCCUCGCCUCGCCCGUCCUCAAACCCGCUCCCGAACCACCACCCCCUCCGAAGCGCAAACCGUCUGCCUCUGCUCACAACAGGUCGAGUUCGACGAGCAAGAAGCAGAGUGGGGUUGUGAAGCCGAAACAAUCGAAGAGUCGUAAUGGCUGCAUAACUUGCAAAGCAAAAAGAUUAAAAUGCGACGAGACGAAACCGGCGUGUCAACAAUGCCACAGGCGGAGCGUAACAUGUGGUGGAUACAAAAAGGAUUUCAAGUGGAGGCCAUUCGAGGAAACGACUUUCAAUAACAAAGUAGCUCCACCAAAGCCAAAGCGAAAUUCGAUAGUACUGAGUAAACCUCCCGAACCAGUCCCAAGUCCUUCCGAUGCCUCUACGACUUCAACGCCCGGCGCCGAGCCGGAACAAGAUAUGUCUAUGCAAGACUCCUUCUUCCACGCUGCGGCGCCGACACCUCCACCCCCAUCAUUUACACCCCCGAACUUCGAUCCCCCAAACCUACAAUUCGACCAUACUCCAAUGUUCGAUAUGAGUACUCCUCCAUAUAUGCGAGAGCUGCCCCGCCCUCGAUUCGAGGCGGAUUCAGUUACAAGGAGUUUGAGCAGUCUGUUCGAAGAUCCUUCACCUCCGCCUACAUCCAGACCGAGUUUUUCUGGGCAAUCCCCGAGAUUGAUAGAUCUGCUGUUGCCGGGCUCGGAAUUGAAUGCUAGACCUGGGACGGUCACUAUGCCGCCAAUGAUACCGAAUACAUCACCUGUGAUGGAGUUGUCCCCAAUGCUGGACCCUAGCUUUUUGAAUAUGGAUAUGACGCCAGAUGCGAAUGUGGAGGAUGAUAUUGAGGAGAUUGUCAGGGAACCACAGAUGUCUGAUGCGGAUCUAUGGAUGUCAAUACGGAACCCCAUCCACUCGAGAUCCUCCACUACUUCGCCAACGACCACGCGAGAUGACCCAUUCAACAAGAUCUACAGGCAGCCAGAAGUCCAAGCGGGAAGCCAGGAAAUGCUAAUGCUGCGAUUUGAUAAGCAGACUUGUGGGAUACUGUCAGUGAAAGAUGGACCUACUGAGAAUCCUUGGAGGACUUUGAUCUGGCCACUAGCGAGAAAUUCGACUCCACUUUACCACGCAAUCGCAUCAUUGACCGCCUUUCACACAUCGAAGGAGAAACCUUCGUUGAGGGUGGAUGGAAUGGAACAUAUGCGAAAGAGUAUCCGAGCUCUAGCUACAGGAAUUGAGAAUAUGAGAACUGAUGAAGCACUUGCUACGACAUUGGUCCUCGCAUUCUCGGAAUCCUGGGAUCAACAUAUUUCGACCGGGAUUGAACAUCUACGUGGAGCGAGGAUUCUAGUCAAUCAAGCGCUCGUCUCUCACAAGAAGCAAAACCUCUUAGGCGACGACCUCGCACGUCUGAGAUUCCUGUGCAAUGCUUGGGUGUAUAUGGAUGUCAUAGCACGUCUUACCUCCGUUGAUGACGACGAGUCCAAUGACUUCGAUAACGUCCUCGCACCGCUCAACACACCAUUCGAUAACAACAGCACAGAAAUCGACCCUCUCAUGGGCUGCGCUGCGUCACUCUUCCCUCUCAUCGGCCGAGUUGCGAACCUCUGUAGGAAAGUCCGGAAAAUGCAGACGAACUCCAUAGCCAUCAUCAGCCAGGCCAUUGAAUUGAAAGAAGCCAUCGUGCAAUGGUCCCCACCACCCGUCCUGAUGAUCGAGCGACCAGAAGACCCAACCUCCGAAAUCCAACACGCCCUCCAAACAGCCGAAGCCUACCGCUACGCCACCCUCCUCUACCUCCACCAAGCCGUCCCCGAAAUCCCCUCCUGGUCCUCCUUCCGCCUCGCCCAGAAAGUCAUGAAGCUCCUCGCCACCGUCCCGCUCAGCUCCCGCCUCGUCAUCGUCCAGAUCUACCCCCUCCUCGCAGCAGGAUGCGAAGCCGAAUCCAAAGACGACCGCGCCUGGGUCAAGAACCGCUGGGCGUCGAUGGGCGCGAGAAUGUCAAUCGGCAAUAUCGACCGCUGCUGGGAGGUCCACCAGGAGGUCUGGGCGAGGCGCGACGCUGCGGAGGCGGCGCGCACGCAGGCUGCUGAGAAGGGGAAGAUGAAGCCGGGUAGUAUGUCGAUGAUGGCGCAUUCGGAGAGUAGUAAGAGGAAGUUUGAGGAGGAGCUGGAGAUGGAUGUGCAGUCUUACUCGGAUAUGUUGAAUGGGAUGACGAGUGCGGCGAAGAGGCAGAGGAGUGGGACGUUUUCGCCUACCGGUGGGAGUGGGAGUGUGGGUGCGGUGGAGAGGAAGAGGGUGCAUGAGCCGUUGGAUGAGGAGAUGGAUUAUGAUGUUACGGUUAGGGGGAGGAUGCAUUGGGUUGGGGUGAUGAAGGACUGGGAGUGGGAAAUCCUCCUCGGCUAG